AUGGACACGUUUUCCAAGUCUGACCCAGUGGUGGUCCUCUUCGUGCAGAGCUCAGGGAGCAGCGAGUGGAAGGAGUUUGGGCGCACCGAGGUGAUUGACAACACCCUGAACCCCGACUUCGUCCGCAAGUUCGUCCUCGACUACUAUUUUGAGGAGAAGCAAAACCUCCGCUUCGAUGUCUACAACGUGGACUCCAAGAGCUGCUCCAUUUUAAAGCAGGACAUCGUCACAAUGCAGCUGUGUGCCAACAAGCUGGACAAGAAGGACUUCUUCGGAAAAUCCGACCCCUUCCUCGUCUUCUACCGCAGCAACGAGGACGGCACCUUCACCAUCUGCCACAAGACAGAGGUGGUGAAGAACACGCUGAACCCGGUGUGGCAGCCCUUCACCAUCCCCGUGCGCGCCCUCUGCAAUGGCGACUACGACCGGACAGUGAAGAUAGAUGUGUACGACUGGGACAGGGAUGGGAGCCACGACUUCAUCGGGGAGUUUGCCACCAGCUACCGGGAGCUCUCCAGAGCACAGAGCCAGUUCACGGUGUACGAGGUGCUGAACCCCAGGAAGAAAUGCAAGAAGAAGAAAUAUGUGAACUCUGGCACUGUGACUUUACUCUCCUUCUCCGUCGAGUCCGAAUUCACAUUUGUUGACUACAUCCGAGGCGGGACGCAGCUGAAUUUCACCGUCGCCAUCGACUUCACGGCCUCCAACGGGAUGCCGUCGCAGCCCACCUCGCUGCACUACGCCAGCCCCUACCAGCUGAGCGCCUACGCCCUGGCGCUGAAGGCGGUGGGGGAGAUCAUCCAGGACUACGACAGUGACAAGCUCUUCCCUGCCUACGGCUUUGGCGCCAAACUCCCACCCGACGGCAAGAUCUCCCACCAGUUCCCUCUGAACAACAACGUGGACAACCCCAGCUGUGCCGGUAUCGAGGGCGUGCUGGAGUGCUACCUCCAGAGCCUGCGCACCGUCCAGCUCUACGGUCCCACCAACUUCGCCCCCGUCAUCAACCAGGUGGCUGGCGCGGCUGCCCAGGUGACCGAUGGCUCGCAGUACCACGUCCUCCUCAUCAUCACUGACGGCGUCAUCUCUGACAUGCUGCAGACCAAGGAAGCCAUCGUCACCGCUUCCUCCUUGCCCAUGUCCAUCAUCAUUGUGGGAGUGGGUCCAGCUGAGUUUGAGGCCAUGGAGGAGCUGGACGGUGACGAUGUGCGAGUAUCUUCCCGGGGCCGCUAUGCUGAGCGGGACAUCGUACAGUUUGUGCCGUUUCGGGACUACGUGGACGACUCGGGAAACCAGGUGCUGAGCAUGGCCCGCCUGGCCAAGGACGUGCUUGCCGAGAUCCCCGAGCAGCUGCUCUCCUACAUGAAGACCCGCGACAUCAAGCCUCGCCGGGCAGACCCCCAGUAG